AUGAAAUUGUUUCAGAAGCCAUGGAACUGUUAUUGCGUAUUUGAAGCCCGUGACGACGUUGAGAAAAUAAGACAGAUUCAGGGUAAAAACAUAUAUGUGGCAGGUUCUGGAAUAUCUGAGCAAAUUGAAGUUGUCCAUAAUCUUUUGGCAAAGAAUGCUCAUCUCUUCCUUGACGCAAGAGAUGUUGGAAAAUACUUUGAUAGUUUAGAGGAUCAUUACGGUACCUCUUUAUACAUUGUCUCUCAUGGACCUCAUGAGACUUUCGGAGUAGCGUUUAUUGGAAAUAAGAAAGACAAGUAUAGGUUUGAUGACGAUUUUGAAUAUGACUAUGAUGCCAUGGGUGUCAGGGAAGAGGCUAUUUAUGUGCUUAUUACUCCAUUUGUUCGUUUCGUUUGCUUUCAGUGCCGAAGGUUCUUUGCAGUUCAGUAUGUGGGAAAGGUGUUGUUAAUGAGUACCUUCCACACGGAGAAAGUACCAAUAUCUAUAAUUCAAAUGAAACCGUGUACGACUUGGAAAAUCCCGAGACUUAUCAACAGCUUGAUGGAGAGAUUGUCCCUUAUAUUCUUGGUACCUAUAACAUUUGAUUCUAUUUUCGACUAUUUCUUCUAUUCUGUUCUUACUCUUAUCCUUGUCUACCAUAAUUUCCUUUUGAGAAUCUUAAAAUCACUUUUGCACUUUGGAACUGAUGGGGUGGUGUCUAAGUAUAUUUGUGAUGGUGCGUUCAGUAAAGGGUUCCUUCUUGUGAAGAUGGUGAUGGAGGAACUGUUUCAGUUUGGUAUCGAAAGCAAUCAGAUUAUGAGGGUUGAGCCUCAAAAUACAACUACUAAGCAUGCCAAAGCAACAGUUUAUAAUAUGAUGAUUACAGACUGUGAUUGCCUCUACGGCCUCUAUGUCCUCUUGGUUAUUGGCGCAAUUCUUUUCUUCCUCGCAGAUUCCCCGUCCUCUGCUUCCUUACGCGCUGCGACCACCAUUGAAUCCCAAUUCCCGGUGAUGAGCGGGAACCUUGUAGAGGUCGAAAAAACAGAUUUGGGAAGAAGUACGGAUGAUAUUGCUGGUAAUAUAGAUGAUUUUGUAUUUGUUGGAUUGGUGAUGAGAAAUAUCAAGGAGAUUCAAAAUUUGAUGAACCCCGUGAUGAGAGGAGGUGAUGGAGUUCUUUUCUGGAUUUAUGAUGCCCAAUUGAGAUUCUUUGAUAACAAGCCGAUCCUGGACGGUCUGAUAUUUCAUCGAUUACUUUGGAAGGAACUUGGUUACGGGAUGACGGCCUGCAAAAAGAACUUAAUUAAGGUUGUUUCAACAGAUCAACCUUCAGGAAAUGUGGUAGAUGUUAAGCAACACUGUGGUCUAAUGGUGUCCAAAUCUGAAAUGGUACUUCCUGUUGUCACUGUUCCUGCUUCUAAGUUCCGCACAGAGAAUGGUGUGAUUUGGGCAUCAUCUCCAGACCGUCUUGAGCUUCCACAUAAAGCAUUCCACCAUCCGUAUAGCUGUGACUCUCAAACUGUCUUCCAAUCUUUAGUACUCCCUCCAGGGAGUAAUAGAGAAGUUCUUCAAAAGUUGUCACAACAGCUGAAGGGAAGAGAUGAUAUGAUCAUUGAGAUGGAAGAUCAGAUACUGAAUUGCAUAUACUAA